AUGUUCUGGUUUGAUCCUAUCGGAACCGAGCGCCGUUCAGCUCUUCAUCGACGUGAUGGCAUGUCGUAUUUCGCAAGGGAGAACCGAAGGAGCGAUGCACUCGUCUUGCCUAAGAUGGUGGAUAGACAGGUAGACGAACCUAUCGAAGAGAUCCGAGAAGAAGUUGUAAAUGACCUUCUCCAUUGCCCUCCGGGAAGCAGUAAUGGUUCCGUCAGGACUACGAAAAGAAGUCGUCUUGGUCCUGUAAUUGGCAAAGCUCCGUCGGGCUUUGCGAAUGCUCUUUCCGGCCUCGGCGGCUUCGUCCAUAACUGCUGCUCUUCUCUCUUUCAGAACUUCCUUUAUCGCUUCUCUGCAUAG